AUGCCUCCCAAGAUGUACCAGAAUGCCGCUAACGAUGUUGAACUGGCGCGCCUUGUUACCCCGGGCUUCGAUACAACCAAAGACCAAAUUGAAAGUGAUGCUAACAAGUAUACAAUCCAGUCACCAGGCUCCUCCUGUGAAUUGAUGCGGCUACGCACACCCCAGGAAAACGGGGCACCUAGAUCGCAGCAAUCGGAUGAUUUACAGAACAAAUCGUACGGCAAUACCACCGACGGACCAGGUGGCAUAACGAAUAUAAGUGAAAUAACUGCUAAAUAUGACGAUGAAUCCUUUGCCGUUGAAGAAGCCGCUCCAUAUGUGGACGAAAUGGAUGAUCAGAUAUUUGCACUUCACGAUAAGAUACGGCGUAUGCGUCAGGCACGGGCUGACUUAGAGGCUGCAGAGGAGUAUAUCCGGGCCGACAACAUUCGCCUUAAGUUGGUGUCCGUUUUUGCUGAGGACAAGAAGCUGCGAAUAGGUCGCCUUAAGAGGAAGCAAGAGCUAGAAGUCAGCGUUGUAGAAGCACAGUUUGAGGAGGAAAGGCUGGAACUUGAAGAGGCCUAUAAGACACGGAGGAUAAACUUCGAAGCAGAGGUCAAGAACAUGCGUGAGACUCUUGCAAAUAAGCAAAAGGCAGAACUAGAUGAAUACACAGCUUCUUUAGAGAAGAAGCACGCUGAGGUUCACCCUAAAUACUCCUCGAAGCUGCUUGAUAUGCGGUAUACGCAGGCACAACUUUUACGUGCAGGAAGAUAUAAGGAUGCUACGAAGAAGAGGGGAGAAGCAGAUGCCCAGCAACAGCUUGAAGAUGAGAAGAGAAGCCUAGAGGCCCAUCAGAAUAUCGUGCGACUACGUAAGAAGAUGCAAUCUCGCCAAGUGGUUGAAACAGAAAUACUUGAGAAUAAGAUAAAAUUCGGCAGAAAGGCACUGAAUGAAUCCUAUCAGCUGGAUAAGGAUAAGUUGACCAAUAGACAAACCAACAUCAUGCAUGAGAUUGUUCUGAAGCAUAAGCACGAGAUGGUGAAGCUAAAGAAAGCUCCUAAUGACUCACCAUUCAGUCUCGACGAAACCGGACAGGAUAUUAUGGCUACAGACAAGAGUGGCGAGGCACUGUAUUCCGCACAGAUGGCGAACAAGACUAUUCUUACGCUAGAUGGAGAAUCCAUUCUCAAGAAAUAUAUAGCAGACGAGUACACCGUGGCUGCAGGUACACGGACAUUUGUCCCUACUGACACCUACAGGCAGACGACCAUUGUAGCCGAUGACACGAUUGCAGAGCCCCAGCAGGAGGGUCUGCCUGACAAUGAUGACUAUUUUGACGAGGCAGAGACUCACGUCGAUGACGCAGCGGUUGCUGAUCGCACUCAUAACGCUGAAUUGGAUCUGAGUGGACAAGAAGCGCAGUCAUUGGCAAACAUGAGCGAGCAGGAUGAUCAUUUUGAUCUGGCUGCCGAGAUGAAUGGAGAAUCUGACAGAGAUCCGCAGGACCAAGCCCGCGGUGAUUCUGUCCCUCAAGACAAGGUUUCUUCAGAAAAAGGCGGUCAACUAACUGCAGAUCUAGACAUGCAGCGCCUUAGCACUCCUAAAAAGGCCGCUUCUGAUGAAGAGGACAACUAUAACCUGGAUGGAUGGGAGGAGUGA